CAGAGCUCCACCACCUUCCAGAGAAGCUCCUCCCUUCAGAAGUCUGGAUCCGCUGGCCUGAGUGAAUGGACUCUGUACACAGCUUUUCUCUAACACUGUGACUUUCUUGUGUGGAGUAAAAAUACAAACCACAAUGAGACCAAUUUACUUUUGUAGUGCUUUGCUGUUGCUCACCUUCAUUCCCAGAGCCUGUCAAGGUGGCAACAUCUUGGUCUUCCCGACUGAGGGUAGCCACUGGAUAAACAUGGAUAUCCUACUGCAAGCUUUGCACUCGAAAGGACACAGUAUAACUAUUUUGCGUUCCAGCAAAAGCUGGUACAUCAAGGAAAAAGCCUCUAAUUACAACACCUUUACAGUUCAAGUGGAGAGGAGCUUAGAUCAGAAGUUUAUUACAGAAAUAGUAUCAAAAGUAAUCGAAUUUGAAAGGGGGUCUGUUCCGCUGAUGAAUUUUCUCCACAUGACUGUAGGAAUGUUCUCCACAUUUAUUGAGGCUCAUGCAGCUGUGGGAGAAUUUGUGUCAGCGAUGCUAGAUGACCAAGAGCUGAUGACAAACUUGAAGAACAGCAACUUUGACCUGGUGCUCACUGACCCCUGCUGGGGUGGAGGAGUCAUUUUGGCAAAAUACCUGAAUCUUCCUUUGGCUUAUAACGUUCGCUGGCUACUUGCUGGAGAUGCUCAUUUUGCUAUUGCUCCCUCACCUGUAUCAUAUAUUCCUAUAACAGGAUCUGGCUACACUGAUAAGAUGACCUUUUUUCAGAGAGUUAAAAAUGUGGUUUUGCAUGUAAUCACCCAAACACAAAAUCACCUGGUGGCCAAGCAAAUAUACCAGAAAAUAUGUGACAAAUAUCUUGGACCCGAUAUUGAAUAUAACCAGUUAGUGCAUCAUGCAGACAUCUGGCUCAUGAGGGUGGACUUUGUGUUUGAGUUUCCUCGUCCCACCAUGCCCAAUGCUGUCUAUAUGGGAGGGUUCCAGUGCAAACCGGCCAAACCUUUACCUGAACACCUGGAGGAGUUUGUUCAGAGUUCUGGAGAGCACGGAGUCAUCAUCAUGUCUCUGGGAACUUUUGUGAGUCAACUUCCGGCUGACAUAACAAAUGAGAUUGCAGCAGCUUUUGCCAAACUACCUCAGAAAGUCAUCUGGAGGCAUAAAGGCGACAGACCAGCCACUCUGGGAAACAACACUUUACUAGUGGACUGGAUGCCACAGAACGAUCUUUUAGGACAUCCCAAGACAAAACUAUUUGUGGCUCAUGGAGGAACAAAUGGUGUUCAAGAGGCUAUUUAUCACGGAGUCCCAGUGGUGGGCCUACCAGUGUUUUUUGACCAAUAUGACAACCUGCUGCGUCUGAAAGAGAGAGGAGCAGGUAGGAUUCUCACGUUAGCCCAAGUGGACAAAGACAACAACUUCCUGAAAGCCAUACAAGACGUACUCAGUGAACCCUCCUACAGGAUGAACAUGCAGAGACUUUCCAGGCUGCACAGAGAUCAGCCAGUGAAGCCGAUGGACAACGCCAUCUUCUGGAUAGAGUUUGUCAUGAGACACAAAGGAGCAGCUCACCUGAGAACAGAGUCGUACAGACUGCCCUGGUAUUCCUACUACUCUGUGGAUGUAUUUCUGUUCCUGGCUGGAGCUGUGCUAUUCGUGCUUUUAGUCAUUUUCAUUUUGAUAAAGUGUUUAUACACUUCAGUGUGUAAACAUAAAGUCAAACGUGACUAGUCAUUCCAGGAAAACAUUUUCUAUGUUAAACUUUCAAAAGUGAUUACACAGUCAGUGUAUGGACUGAUUCUGUUCAUUUUGAUAUUAAUAUAACAAUCAUUAUUUCAGACAUGACUUUGCAGUAAGUUAUUUUAAUAAAAUUUAAAGUUAAAAUUUGUUGAUUGUACUAUAGUAAAGUAUUUCUAUGAAAUAAAUGAAUUUUGUGACCUUUUUCAUAGCCAACACUGUGCAAAUAAAAAAUUUAAUAAAUGUAAAUUGAGGUAUACCUUCUUUGUCCCACUGGGACUACGUAUGCGCUGUGUUCAAUUUGUGGUCAGGAGCAAUGGCAGGAGGGCUCCAUGUACAUGAUGUCUCUAGGUAUUCUGAGAUGUGAACAAAUGGGAACAAAGAAAGACCAGGUUUAAAACUAUUAUCUUGCCUUAAAUUCAAGUGUAUUACUGUUUUGACUGACUAUAGACUGAAGAUUUAGCUGAGUGAAUCCUUUUCAUUUUUUCUUAAAUUUCUAUGUUGUCUAGUAAUGUCUGAUGUAAGCGUCACUCUGGUGAGGUGAGGCAAUUGUUGCAAAAAAAAACAAAUAAACAAAAAAGCUAAACAACAGGAGCUAUUUUUUCACUGCCACUGGUUCAGCCCUGCAGUUGUAAUUAUUUUUAAAAUAAGUGCCUGUAAUAGAUUUAUGUCACUUUAUUAGUUGCAAGUCAUGACCUUGUCAUGAAAUUUGACUGAAAUACUGAUGCCUGUUUCAGCGCUUUUACAAGAUAGACUUGACAAUUUUAUCAAGUCAGGUCCACACAUUUGAGGUUAAUUAUGUAAGAAAAUAAAUGUUGUAUAACUAUUAUCUUUUUUCUGAAUUACUGCUCAGCUACUUUUGUCCAUAAUGCAUGCAGUAUAUUGAUGUGAUUUAGAUUGCACAUGCUACAGUGAACUACUGGCAUUCAAUAACACUCCUGUAAUGUUUAGUUGAUGAAUGUUGUUGCACAAAUGUCACACUUAGUGUCUCAUAACAAAUGCUUUCAGACUGUUAUGUCUCUGUAUUUGGUGCAAAUUGAAAAUCCACCGUUGUCAAAGGGACAUGAAUCUUGCAGCAUAAUAAACAGAAACAUGUUUUUCUA